UAGUUGGUCAAUUUUGAAUUAUCAAAGAUAAUCGGCUAUUGAUUUUGACUUUUAACAAAUUCUGAUACAACUUUAUGCUCUGUAAUUGUAAUUGGACGUAUAUUUCAUACACGUGCCUUUGACGUAAAUGUCAAAGCAAACGUCAUCGAUCUGCCAUAUGAAAAACAUCAAAACAAAACCAGUUUUUUACUUAGUGUCAAGUCAAAGUACUAAGUGCAAAUUAUCUAAACCUCAUUAACUUGUGGAACAAUAAACUAAUUGUUGAUGUCCUCGGACACGAACCUCCCGUUAAAGUCCGCAUGAUUACCUGGUAUCUACUGAAAUUUAUCAUUUGUUGUCGGAAUGAGCUAGCAGUCAGUGAGUGUGUGAUAAGGUACAUUUCAUUGUGAUAAAUUCUCGAGUAGUGUAUUUUGUUAAAGUUUCCAAUCCAAUAAUAGUCAUUCGUUCAUUGAUUUUUUAACGUAUUUAAAACGUGAAAAAGUUUUAAAAUGGCGCAAGAAGGACUAUUAAAAAAUUAUAAAUCUCCACAUGUGAAAGUGCAAAUAUUCCCUAGUCAAACAAGAAAAUUAACUCAUCUUCCACAAAGACCAAAGGUUGAUUUAGCAUUUUCAGAUUUAGAAUACAUAGUCAAGCAAGGAAAAAGCCAGAAAACUAUUUUGAAAAAUGUCAGUGGCCGACUUCGCUCUGGAGAAUUAUGUGCUAUUAUGGGACCUUCGGGUGCGGGAAAAUCCACCUUACUUAAUAUUCUCACAGGAUACAAAACCGAAGGAGUAAAAGGGCAUGUUUUGAUGAACGACAGCGAUAGAGAUUUGAGCCAAUUUCGUAAGUUAUCUGCAUAUAUAAUGCAAGAUAACCAACUCCACGCUAAUUUGACUGUCGAUGAAGCUAUGGCUGUUGCAGCUAAACUAAAAAUUGGUCCCAGUGGCAUAGAGCACAGAGAAGCGAUCAUAAAUGAAAUCUUAGAUACACUUGGACUGAUAGAGCAUAGGACAACAAUGACCAGUGGAUUAUCUGGCGGACAAAAAAAGAGAUUAUCCAUAGCAUUGGAAUUAGUUAGUAAUCCUCCAGUUAUGUUUUUUGAUGAACCUACAAGUGGUUUGGACUCAUCUUCUUGUUUCCAAUGUAUAUCACUUUUAAAAACUUUAGCGAAAGGAGGUCGAACUAUAAUAUGUACCAUUCAUCAACCGUCUGCCAGAUUGUUUGAAAUGUUUGAUCAACUUUACACUCUCGCUGAUGGUCAGUGUGUUUACCAAGGUUCCACCACUCAGUUGGUUCCUUUCCUGUCACAAUUACAGUUGCAGUGCCCAUCAUACCACAACCCUGCUUCUUAUAUAAUUGAAGUAGCUUGUGGGGAAUAUGGAGACAAUACGAAAAAAUUGGUGCAUGCUAUACAAAAUGGAAAAAUGGAUAUUCGUGAUGACAAAUCUAUGAGUGAAUUUAAAAUAAAAGAUGGUCUAAACAAUGGAUUUCAGUAUGGAAAUGACAGCGUAAAUACCCUUAUUGCCGAAGAAUUAAGGAAAGAAACUAAUACUUUCAAAGAUAAUUCAAACGGAAAUCCAAACGGAAUUAAUGAGGAUACGGGUGUUGAUCUAAAAGAUGUGGAAAAGGCGAAUGUUAACAGUGCAUUAUUGGAAGCUACUCCUAAGGUAACUGUUAGACAACCCAGAUAUGGAAAUACGCAAAUUCAACAAUUCUUCAUUAUUCUGAAUCGUGCCUUACUCUUUAGUAGAAGAGAUUGGACAUUGAUGUAUUUACGUUUAUUUGCCCACGUUUUGGUUGGAUUGCUUAUAGGUGCCUUAUAUUUCAACAUAGGUAAUGAUGGUUCCAAAGUACUCAGUAAUCUUGGUUUCCUAUUUUUCAAUAUGUUAUUUUUGAUGUACACUUCCAUGACUAUUACCAUUUUAUCUUUUCCAUUGGAGAUGCCAGUUUUAUUGAAGGAACAUUUUAAUCGAUGGUAUUCCUUAAAAUCCUAUUAUCUGGCAAUUACGAUAUCAGAUAUGCCGUUCCAGACUAUUUUCUGCAUUCUAUAUGUGAUAAUAGUUUAUUUUAUGACAUCACAACCAUUGGAUCCUGCUAGAUUUGGAAUGUUCUUACUGUCUUGUAUACUAGUUUCCUUUGUGGCACAAAGUGUUGGACUAGUUGUUGGUGCAGCUAUGAACGUUCAGAACGGCGUGUUUUUAGCACCAGUGAUGUCAGUACCAUUUCUUCUGUUUUCUGGAUUCUUCGUUUCUUUCGACGCCAUUCCAAUAUACCUUCGCUGGAUAACUUAUCUAUCAUAUAUAAGAUAUGGUUUCGAAGGUACUGCUCUCGCUACAUAUGGUUUUGACAGGCCCAAUUUGGAUUGUUUCAUGAAAUAUUGCCAUUUCAAAAAAGCAAAAACAACUCUUGAGGAGUUGGAUAUGGAUAAAUCAAGCUAUAUGAUUGAUAUUGUAGCACUACUUGUGAUUUUCUUUGUUUUGAGAAUUUCAGCCUUUCUAUUUUUGAAAUGGAAGCUUAAAUCUAAUCAUUAAGUUCAAUUAGAGGCUUUAGUUAAUUAGUUGUUAUAUUCAAUGAAUUUUUGGAGGUUUUUAGGACAUAUUUUCAUUAACAUGAACUUUUGUGAAGCAAAGAUUUAUAUCUCGUAGCCUCAAUAAUAAAAAAACUUAUUACAGCCUUAAACCUUGAAUAAUUAGCAAUAUCAAAUACUCCGAAUUUAAGAAAUUCUUGCCAAAAAAACCUACUCAAUUAUUGUUUCCAUAUAGUAUAUUAUAUUUUUCAAGAAAUUAUUCCAAGAAUAAGGUGACCAGUUUGAAUUUACUUAUGUUAUUUAACUUAAAAGUUAUAUAUUCAUAUAUGUUAUACAUUUAUUGAAUCGCUUAUGUUUAAAUUUUUUGUAAUGUUGGUAUUUGUAUUUUAAUGUUAAAAAUAUUUAAACCUGAAAUAGCCCAAUCAAAAAUAUGAUAUAAAUAUUAACCACUUGACUUCUAAAAGUAUUCCUGAUUAUUUUCUACGCAAUAACUAAAACAUUCCAUAAAUCCCAUUUUCCCAUUGUUAAUAUUUCUUUUAUUUUAUUUAUUACACUCAAAUAUACCAAUUACUUUAUUUUUAACCCUAACAAAAAACAAGUUAUAAGUACAGUACCAUAUAAAAAGAUAGUUGAUUUGAAAAGCUAAAUUUUACAAAUUGAAUAUUGUACCACAUGAUUGAUAGCAGAUGACAAUACAGUAAUUGAUAAAUUAUAUAAUAAUAUUUCUUUUUAUAGUCUCCAAUUCCAUUCUGGCUGUAUUUCUUCUCUCUUUGUUUCAGUCUCCAGACUUUUUUACAUCCCUGGCCAUUUAAUAUUCCAACUCUUAAAUCCGUUCAAUAUUGAAACAUAAGGUUUCGUAAUCAUAUGAAAGAACACACUGGUCAAGAUGUUUUAGUGUGAUUCAUAAAUCAUAAUUCUUUUAGUACAUCCCGAGUGUUGAUAAAAUUGCCUCCUAAACUUUUUCUGGAUAACAUAUGCGUCCAGCUAUGCUAUAUAAUAUUCCAUUCUCUCGACUAAUUUUAUAGCAUGUUUAUUGAGUGAAAUUAAGUUGUUACGAAGUCUGAUAUGUAUAAUAAAAGCCUGAAUCUGUACAGUUGAUCAAAUUAAACUCUAGUGGACUUUCAAUAUAUUUCCAACUGCCGUAAUAUUCCCAGCAUUUAAACAAUGUUUGUUACUAUUUUUUAUAUAUAAAAUGUGUGAUAAACAAUGAUUCAAGUUUCCUAAAACCUCUUUAUAAUCAGUGAGAUAUUUGUUUACAAUAGUGAAAGGAGUGAUGAUAUAAAAUAAAAAAAAAUUGGGAUAUUUCGGGUUAAUGACCUUAACAUGCAGUAGGGUGGUCAGUUUUAAAAAAAUAGUUUUAUAGAAAUAGUAAUUUUGUAAACAUAAUCAUAGAUUUUUUUUUAAUUUAAACAAGUUAUUUUGGACAAAUAAUUUGUGUUGGUGCAGUGAUUUCAAUAUUUCAGAAAUAAAUAUUUAGAAAGUUUAAUCAU